UCCCGGCAGACAGGAGAGAUCUGUGUGUGCUCCCCAUGGAGAUCCGACGCGCUUUACCCCAGGAUGUCUGGGAGCUGCUGCACUUCUUGAAGAUGAGGAGCAAGUACGCCGUCCUGCUGGUCUUCGUUGUCAGUCUCGUCAUCAUCGAGAAGGAGAACAACUUCAUCUCCAGGGUGUCAGACAAGCUGAAGCAGUCCCCGCAGGCACUGACAGAGGCCAACAGCACAGAGGUCAGCCUGGCACCGGCCGAGAACGGCUCACUGGCCUCGCUGCAGGAGCUGGACGCCGCCUUCUCCCAGCUGAGGUCCCACCUGCACAACCUCACCCUGCAGCUGGCAGGGGAUGGAGACCCCGGGCCGCGGCGGCACGUCCUGCUGAUGGCCACCACCCGCACCGGCUCCUCCUUCGUGGGGGAGUUCUUCAACCAGCAAGGCAGCAUCUUCUACCUCUUUGAGCCCCUCUGGCAUGUCGAGAAGACGGUGACCUUCCUGCCAGGGGGAGCCAGUGCCGUGGGCUCCGCCUUGGUUUACCGAGAUGUCCUCAAGCAGCUCCUCCUCUGCGACCUCUACAUCUUGGAGAACUUCAUCUCGCCGGCGCCCGAGGGCCAUCUGACGCCCUUCCUGUUUCGGCGGGGCUCCAGCCGCUCGCUCUGCGAGGACCCUGUCUGCACGCCCAGCGCCAAGAAGGUCUUUGAGAAGUACUACUGCAAGAACAGGCGCUGCGGCCCCCUCAACAUCACCCUGGCCACCGAGGCGUGCCGGCGCAAGCAGCACGUGGCCCUGAAGACGGUGCGCGUCCGCCAGCUGGAGUUUCUGCAGCCACUGGUGGAGGACCCUCGUCUGGACCUGCGCAUCAUCCAGCUGGUGCGGGACCCCCGGGCCGUCCUGGCCUCCCGCAUGGUGGCCUUCUCGGGCAAGUACGAGACCUGGAAGAAGUGGGCGUCCGAAGGGGAGGCUCCCCUGCACGAGGAGGAGGUGCAGCGGCUGCGGGGCAACUGCGAGAGCAUCCGCGCGUCGGCCGAGCUGGGGCUGCGGCGGCCGGGCUGGCUGCGGGGCCGGUACAUGCUGGUGCGCUACGAGGACGUGGCGCGGGCACCCCUGCCGAAGGCGGAGGAGAUGUACCGCUUCGCCGGGCUGCCCCUCACCCCCCAGGUGGAGGAGUGGAUUGGCAAGAACACGCAGGCGCCCCACGAUGGCAAUGGCGUCUACUCCACGUGCAAGAACUCCUCUGAGCAGUUCGAGAAGUGGCGGUUCAGCAUGCCCUUCAAGCUGGCGCAGGUGGUGCAGGACGCCUGCGCCCCGGCCAUGCAGCUCUUUGGCUACAAACUGGCCAACAGCCCCGCCGAGCUGGCCAACCGCUCCUUCAGCCUGCUGGAGGAGGCACAGCCCUCCUGGAUCACGUAACAGCACCGGGGGAUGGCGGCGGGGCAGAACGAGGGGCUGUGGCCCUGCUCCCGGCCGGUCCGGAGACGACCU